AUGGGCAGACUAGAGUCUGACAAUCUGCACGUGUCCCUUUGUGAAUUCCAUCAGCCGUGGAAAGACUUGAGCAGCACGCAAAAGCUGCUUCUGUACCGCUACGGAGAAGGCUGCGCCUGCACGAUCAAGUCCUGCCUCUCCCUCCCGUGCUGCAUUACCAGCACGACAGAGUGCCUGUGGACAGACUACCUGCCGGAAAACAAGGCCGUUCAUUACCAGGCCGAAAACUACGCUUGCGUCAAGAUGAGGGACGGCUAUUGCGCCUGGGACAAGCCAGCUGCCUAUCGCCAUAAGUGAUCUAUGGCCUUGAUUCUAAAUAAAAUGUGUUUAAUCGAA